UCUUAAGACAGGAUGAAUUGUUAAGUUAGCGCUGUUUGGAUGUGCUAUUUUGCACUCAGGACAUUGUCACCGAAGCUCUAGCCACUUCUGUCUGAGAGAGAAGACAAUGUAUCCUUGGCUCAGGUAGAGCGGCCCCUGGCAAACUGAGGUUCACAACCUCUGACAGGAAAGGCCAACAGGAGGUGUUCCCAGACGGGCCUGGUCCCUCAAGGGUGCGGCGCGGGGGAUUGUGGGAAUUGUAGUUUUUCUUGCUCCAUUUCAGCUCCAUGAACUACACUUCCCAAAAUGCAAAUGUAACCAGACAGUCCCACUGUCGGGUGUGAAGUGUCCCUUGAGCUGUGGAAGAAUGAGGAUGAGCCUUGGGUUGGCUUUCAGGUCAGCAAAAGGCCGUUGGGUUGAGAACGUCAGCCGGCAGUGUUCCCGUGGAUCCAUUGUGUCAUUUGUGCCACCAAGUCCUCCGUUGGACCCUGAGAAGGUCAAAGAGUUACAACGCUUCAUCACCCUUUCCAAGAGACUCUUCGUGAUGACUGGGGCGGGAAUCUCUACCGAGUCGGGGAUCCCAGACUACAGGUCAGAAAAUGUGGGACUUUAUGCACGCACUGACCGGAAGCCCAUCCAACACAGGGAUUUCGUGCAGAGUGCUCCAAUCCGCCAGCGGUACUGGGCGCGGAACUUUGUGGGCUGGCCUCAGUUCUCGUCCCACCAGCCUAACCCUGCACACUGGGCUUUGAGCAACUGGGAGAAACUCGGAAAGCUGUACUGGUUGACGACCCAAAAUGUGGAUGCCUUGCACACCAAAGCUGGGAGUCGGCGCCUGACUGAGCUCCAUGGCUGCAUGCACAGGGUCCUCUGCUUGGACUGUGGCGAGCAGACUCCCCGGGGGACGCUGCAGGAGCGCCUCCAAGUCCUGAACCCCACCUGGAGUGCUGAGGCCCAUGGUGUGGCUCCUGAUGGCGACGUCUUUCUCUCGGAGGAGCAGGUCCGGAGCUUUCAGGUGCCAUCCUGUGUGCGAUGUGGAGGCCCUCUGAAGCCGGAUGUCGUUUUCUUUGGGGAUACGGUGAACCGUGACAAGGUUGAUUUUGUGCACAAGCGUGUCAAAGAAGCUGACUCCCUCUUGGUUGUGGGAUCAUCCUUGCAGGUGUACUCUAGCUACAGGUUUAUCCUCACUGCCCGGGAAAAGAAGCUGCCGAUUGCAAUACUGAAUAUCGGGCCCACACGGUCGGAUGACCUGGCGUGUCUGAAACUGAAUUCUCGUUGUGGAGAGUUGCUGCCUUUAAUAGAUCCACACUGACCACAGCCUGGUGUUCCUGAGCCAGUAACAGGGACUUCCACUGGAGCCCUGCUGCUAAAGAUCCCUAAGGAUUCAUCCCUUUUUCCUCAAACUAAUCGAAGCUCACUGAGUGCAGCCCAGAGAGGGCAGCAAACCAACAUCUCUCUGCCAGCCAUCUCUGACCUGGGCAGGUUCCAGAACCCAGUUGAGGUCAUCAGGCUGAUGAGAUUUGCCCUUGAAAAAAGAUCUUUUCAAAGAAGCAGCUGCUCUUGAUACCAAAAGUGUAUUCACAUCCUUUUUUAUCUCACCUGGCAGAAGAAAUGGCCUGGGAAACAU